GGUUAAAGAAGAGGUUCCCCCUGAGCAGCAGGAGUGGAGCUCCAGUCUGGACCAGGAGGACCGAGAGCCUCAACACAUUAAAGAAGAACAGGAGGAACUCUUGACCGGUCAGGAGGGAGAGCAGCUUCAAGGGCUGGAGGAGGCUGAUAUCACCAAGUUCUCAUUCACUCCUGUGAAGAGAGAAGAAGAUGAAAAGGAAAGUCAGUCCUUACAGCGUCAUCAAAGACAAACUGAACGGAUGGAAUUACAAAUACUGAGAUCUUUUGUCAACCAGCGACUAACUGCGCCUGCUGAAGAGAUAUUUGGGCUGUUUGAAAGAACGAUAGCAGAGUACGAGGAGGAACUUUCUCGUUCAAAAGACGAGAACGAGCGACAACGGAAACUCCUGGACGCUGUUUUCAACCCUCAGCUUCGGUUACACAGAGCAGAAGUCCUGCAGCUGUUGGUGGUUAAAGAAGAGAUCCUACCUGAGCAGCAGGAAUGGAGCUCCAGUCUGGACCAGGAGGACCCAGAGCCCCCACACAUUAAAGAUGAACAGGAGGAACUCUGGGCCAGUCAGGAGGGAGAGCAGCUUCAAGGGAUGGAGGAGGCUGAUACCAAGUUCUCAUUCACUCCUCUGAAGAAAGAAGAAGAUGAAGAGGAAGCUCAGUCCUCACAGCUUCAUCAAAGACAAACUGAACAGAUGGAAACAGAAGCUGAGGGAGAGGACUGUGGAGGACCAGAACCAACCAGGAACCCAGAUCCAGAUAGAGAUCCAGAACCAGAUACUGAAGAGAAGACUGGAGACUCUUCUGAAGCUGAACCUGAACACCGUGAUGAUUGGAAGGAGACCAGAGAACCUCAGCCAGGUUUAAAGUCUUUGAAAAAUGAUGAAGUCCCUGUCAGUGAUUCGAGAUGUAGUACUGCUGAGAGACCGUUCAGCUGCUCAGUUUGUGGUAAAGGUUUUACUGAAGGUCGAAACAUGAGUAGACACAUGAGAUGCCACACAGGAGAGAAACCUUUCAGCUGCUCAGAGUGUCCUAAAUGUUUCACUGAUAGUGGAAAUUUGAAGAAACACAUGAGAUGUCACACAGGAGAGAAAUCUUUCAGCUGCUCAGAGUGUCCUAAAUGUUUCACUAAUAGUGGAAAUUUGAAGAAACACAUGAGAUGUCACACAGGAGAAAAACCUUUCAGCUGCUCAGUGUGUGGUAAAGGUUUCCAAAAUGGAAAUCUGAAGAAACACAUGAGAACUCACACAGGAGAGAAACCUUUUAGCUGCUCAGUCUGCAGUAAAUCAUUUGCACAGAAGGGAGCUAUGAAAUUACACACAAAAACUCAUACAGUAAAGACUCCUUUCAGCUGCCCAGUUUGUAUGGACGCGUUUAGGUCUAGUAAAGGUUUACAGUCACACAUGAGAAUUCAUAAAGGAGAGACACCUUUCAGCUGCUCAGUGUGUGGAAAAGGUUUCGCUGAAAAUGGAGAGCUAGAGGGACACCUGACAACUCACUCAGGAGAGAAACCUUUCAGCUGCUCAGUGUGUGGUAAAGGUUUCACUGAAAGUGGACAGCUUGAGGGACACAUGACAACUCACUCAACAGAGAAACGUUUCCGCUGUUCAAUUUGUGGUAGAGGUUUCACUGAAAAUGGAAAGCUGAAGAAUCACAUGAGACUUCACACAGGAGAGAAACCUUUCAGCUGCUCAUUCUGUAAUAAAUCUUUUUCACAAAAUGGAAUUUUACAGAUACACAGGAGAAUCCACACAGGAGAGAAACCUUACAGCUGCUCAGUUUGUAAGAAAUCCUUUACAUAUAGAAUUGGUUUACGGACACAUGUGAUAACUCACAAAGAAGAGAGACAUUUCAGCUGCUCGUUGUGUGAGAAAAGUUUCAAUGAAAGUGGAGAUCUGAAGAAUCACAUGAUAUCUCAUACAAGAAUAAAGAAAUUCAUGUGUUCAGUUUGUGGAAAACUGAUGAAAGGUAGUACAUGCUUACAGAGACACAUGAGAACUCACACAGGAGAGAAACCUUUCAGCUGCUCAGUGUGUAAGAAAACAUUUGCACAGAGCCGUACUUUACAGACACGCAUGAUAAUACACACAGGAGAGAACCCGCUUCAGUGAUUCUGGUUGCUACAGUUUACCACCUUAGAUAUCCACCAAGACAUUAUAAACCUAAGUGUCUAUGAGACAAUCUAAAUUUGUCAACUUCUUUCAGGAACUGCUCUCACGACCAUAAAGGCACUUGGUGGUUGAACUCUGUUCUUACCCUGUGCCUGAACUUAAGAUAAGACUUGGGGUCAUUCCAUGUUUUAUGGUCUGUCUGUCUGCAGGCUCGAUGGCCCCAGUGACCGGACUAAGAAGCGACCACCUGAAGAAGUGCCUUCCUCCACCUGGUUUGUGAAAUACUUCAAAUAUGAUUGACUUUGAAUUCUGCACGCCAGAUCUCUCACUCUUGGCUCUGCCGUUCUGCCUCUUCUCUGGUAUUACGUUCCUGGUCUAACUACGGCCUUCCUGUGUCGUCUAAUGUGCCAUGCAGCUCCGACCUGCGAGGCACCAACGUGCUGAAGAUUAAUUCCAGCCACUUUUGAGAGCAACCGACUUUUAAACUGGCAGAGAUGCCCUAAUGACCCCUGCUGCUACAAAGGGGGGUGAAGAUACGUCUCAUCCUCGUGCCGAGAGAGAUGAAGACGAGGAAGAACAGUUCAAGCCGAACCUCAACGAAGAAGACGACCAGGUUCCGAAGAAAUGAGAAAAAAGCUGAAUCAACUACUGCUGAGCAGGAGAUGGAAGAGAGUGAUUCAACCAACUACAAUCAUCCAACCAGAUGCAGAGGCCUUCAGAGGAACAGCCGCCAUUCCAUGCAGCUUUACCUCCAAUCUGCCCAUCAGAGCCGUCAGGUGAAACAAUACCAUUUCCAGAUGUAAACGAGUUUGAUGUGUCUAAGCCGAAUAAAUUGAAGUCACGUUAUAAAAUAAUCUUAGAUAUAAAUAUUUUUUGACCAAAAGAUCUAAAUUCAAUUUAAAUUAAACUAAUUCCCUGGUGCUUCUCGAACUCUCAGCUGUUGAACGGUGUCUAAAUCAUUGGAACUAAAUUUAAUGUAAAACAAAAAUCGACAAAGUAAAUUUAUCAGUCAAUGAUAUGAUUCACUGAUUCUACCUGGUCAAAUUCGAUCCUUUUCAUUUAGUUGUGGUUCAUUAUUCAUUGUUCUCUUCAUCCUAUUCUUUAU